CCUCCUCCUCCUCCUCCUCUCGCCGUCACAUCAGGGUCUUUCCGUCGCUCUGCGCGGAUUUUGUCGACUUUAUUUAUUUAAUUACUGGUUAUAUAAUCCGCAGCGACUUUGCAACGCGCUCGUUGGCACUCGGUGACCGUCCUCCACCUCCAGCCCGAUGCAGAAGUCCUCUUGACAGACCUGAGGAGACAGCGCUGACCUGGAUAACUGCUGAGCCCGAGUCCCGCACCGAGGCAGGUCUCAGAUACACAAGCAGACAGACAGCGGUGUCAGCAGACCUUCAGCCGCCUGCAGCUCAGGGAGCAACAACUGGAACACACAUCGUCCUCCUCCUCCUCUUCAUCACAUCUGGCAUGGCCGACCCCAGCCUCACGUCGCCCUCCGGCACCCCGCUGCGCUCCCCCAACGCCUCCCUCACCCUCUCCUUCCCCUUCCUGAGAGAGGGCAGCCGGGUGUGGGAGGAAGGGAAGGAGAAGCCGCUGCCUCGGGACCUGCCCAGCCCUCUGCCCACCAAACGCACCCGCACCUACUCUGCGACGGUCCGCGCUCACUCAGGUCCAGUUUUCAAGGGCACGUGUAAGAACUUCUCCAGGUCACAAGGUCACGGCUUCCUCCGACCUUCCCACGGCGGUGACGACAUCUUCGUUCACAUCUCAGACAUCGAGGGCGAGUACGUCCCGGUCGAGGGCGAUGAGGUCACGUACAAAGUGUGCCGGGUCCCACCCAAGAACCUGAAGGUGCAGGCGGUGGAGGUGAAGAUCACACAUCUCAACCCGGGCACGAAACACGAGACCUGGUCCGGGCAGAUCAUCAGCUCGUAGGGCCUCCGGGCCUGCUGGGACGCAGCGGCCGGGGUCGGAUCGGGUGGUGGGACUCGAAACUCACUUAACUGUGCUCGAACUUUUUAUUUAAAAACAUGUUUUACUUACACAGCAAAGCGGCCGGUGUUAAAUGAGUUAUGGUUGGUGUUAAGAGCCGCUAACAGGGCUGAUUUACUCACCGGUGAGUUUGCUGUGCACGUGAAACCAACCUUUUAUUCACUGUUAAGAGAAAGUCGCAUUUAUUUUAUCUAUUUUUUGUUCAAAGUCAAAUCUGAGACGUGAUUCUAAUAGCGAUGAACGAGGGAUUUAAGACUCUCAAGGCGGUCGUUGGGCCUGUUUCUUGAAAGGAGGUUACUAAGGGAUGAAAUGUAGUGAAAACGUGAUUUGUGCAAAUCUGCAAACUGUGACGUGACAUUUGAAGGUAUGUGCGAGGACAGACGGCGACAAAGAGCCGGAUUCAGUCUCACUUCCCGUCUGAGCAGCUUGUUUACAGCAGAAAGUUUCCAGGAUCACAUGUUGGGUGCAGAUGUGGGUCAGAUGACUUAUCACACCCUGCAGGGUUCUUAGUGCAGACGCUGGAUCGACGAAUACAAUUCCACAGAUAUCGGAUGUAAAAGAAGGUAGAUGAGGGAGUCGAGGUUGAAGAAAGAUGAAAUGACAAGUUGGCAGAAUUAAGAGAGCUUUGCAUUAGAAACCAAUGAACCAGAACCCCAGAAUAUACCACGAAUAGCUCAAUUUGCAUCCUCGAUGGGGCGGUUUGGUUUCAGAUCGUCUUAGAGAAAUGACCUGACAGAUAAUAAGUGAGACGGAAACGCGAAGCAAACCGAGCAUAAAACAUUAAAAACAUGAACCCGCUUUAGUUUGAGUAGAAAGUCUUUUCCUUCAAGAUGCAAAGUUUCUGUCGUGCCGUCUUGUUUGUGGUUAUUUAUUUCAGUUAUUUAUUUGUUGAUUCGUUCGUGUGUGUGAGGGAGAGUGUGUGUGUUUGCCCUCAGAUUACAGACCAUAUUUUGGAUAUCAAAGUUAAAACUUGCACUUGAGAAAGCUGAACUUCAGCCACGAUGAAAACUGCCAGGAUUUACUCAAACUUCUGUUUUAAAAGGUCUGGAGCCACGGACUGCUUCGAAACCAGUUUCUGGAUCUGUUUUUCUAUUGUUCUGAAACAUGUUUCUGUGUAUUGACAUAUCAGGUGUGGUCAUUGUGAUGGUGAACUACACGACUACGUAGUUGGUACCAAUAGAGCUCGUCCUCACAUCGUCGUCUGUCGUUAUUCAGGUUAAACGCUGUAUUUUUUCUAUCAUGUGUCCCAUAGCGUCUCUGUGCAUCCCGUCUAUCUGUUGGUGUCACUGCCUGUAACUGUUUAACAUUAAAUUUUUUAUUAUUAUUUUCUUUGUGCUCCAUCAGAGGUCACUUUUGGUUGACUCUCUGCGGGUGAGCCGCUGCGGUGGCCAUCCCCGUGAUCACUUCUACUGAGCCUUGAAACAACAUUAAAGCAUUUUAUGAGUCACAA